AUGGAGCGCGCCUCGCCGUCGCGCCGGGUCCCGCUGCCGCUGCUGCUGCUCGGCGGCCUUUCGCUGCUGGCGGCCCGAGGGGCCACGGACGUCUCCAUGGAGGCCUGCUGCGCCGACGGACAGCGCAUGGCCACCCAGCACCGGGACUGCUCCCUGUCCUACUCUGCCGAUUCCAAGGAGUGCAGGAUGGUCCACGAGCAAUGCUGCCACAGCCAGCUGGAGGAGCUGUACUGCACCACGGGCAUCAACCUGGCCAGCGAGCAGGAGAGCUGCGCGGCGCCCCGCGAGGACAGUGCCGGCCUUGAGGCCAUGUUCGUGAAGAGAUGCUGUCACUGCUGCCUGCUGGGGCGGGCGGCCCAAGCCCAGGGCCAGAGCUGCGAGUACAACCUCAUGGUCGGCUACCAGUGCGGCCAGGUCUUCCGGGCGUGCUGCGUGAAGGGCCAGGAGACGGCGGAGCUGGUGCCUGGCAACGUCGGGGACCUGAAACAAACAGCUAAGCUCUCCGAGGACGAGGAGCAAGAGGACCCCUACCUGAAUGACCGCUGCCGAGGCGGCGGGCCCUGCAAGCAGCAAUGCCGUGACACGGGGGAGGAGGUGGUCUGCUCCUGCUUUGUGGGAUACCAGCUGCUGCCGGACGGCGUCUCCUGCGAAGAUGUCAAUGAGUGCAUCACCAGCAGCCACAACUGCCGCCUGGGCGAGUCUUGCAUCAACACGGUGGGCUCCUUCCGCUGCCAGCGGGACAGCAGCUGCGGCACGGGCUAUGAGCUCACGGAGGACAACAACUGCAAAGAUAUUGACGAGUGUGAGAGUGGUAUUCAUAACUGCCUCCCCGAUUUUAUCUGUCAGAAUACUCUGGGAUCCUUCCGCUGCAGACCCAAGCUACAGUGCAAGAGUGGCUUUAUACAAGAUGCUCUAGGCAGCUGUAUUGAUAUCAAUGAGUGCUUAAGUAUCAGCGCCCCGUGCCCCGUGGGGCAGACGUGCAUCAACACCGAGGGUUCCUACACGUGCCAGAAGAACGUGCCCAACUGUGGCCGCGGCUACCACCUCAACGAGGAGGGCACGCGAUGUAUCGAUGUGGACGAGUGCUCACCACCCUCGGAGCCCUGCGGCCAGGGGCACCGCUGCAUCAACUCCCCCGGCAGCUUCCGCUGCGAGUGCAAGCCCGGCUACUACUUUGACGGCAUCAGCAGGACGUGUGUGGAUAUCAAUGAGUGCCAGCGCUACCCUGGGCGCCUGUGUGGUCACAAGUGUGAGAACACGCCGGGCUCCUACCUCUGCAGCUGCUCUGCGGGCUUCCGGCUCUCUGUGGAUGGCCGCUCGUGCGAAGAUGUAAAUGAAUGCAGCAGCAGCCCCUGCAGCCAGGAGUGUGCCAACGUCUACGGCUCCUACCAGUGCUACUGCCGCCGGGGCUACCAGCUCAGCGACGUGGACGGCGUCACCUGUGAAGACAUUGAUGAAUGCGCCCUGCCCACCGGGGGCCACAUCUGCUCUUACCGCUGCAUCAACACCCCUGGAAGCUUCCAGUGCAGCUGCCCCUCCACCGGCUACAGGCUGGCCCCCAACGGCCGCAACUGCCAAGACAUUGACGAGUGUGUGACCGGCAUCCAUAACUGCUCCGUCAACGAGACUUGCUUCAACAUCCAGGGCGGCUUCCGCUGCCUGGCCUUCGAGUGCCCUGAGAACUACCGGCGCUCCGCAGACACGCCCCGCCAGGAGAAGACGGACACCGUGCGAUGCAUCAAAUCCUGCCGCCCCAACCACGUGGCCUGUGUGCUGGACCCGGUGCACACCAUAUCCCACACUGUCAUCUCGCUGCCCACCUUCCGUGAGUUCACCCAACCUGAAGAGAUCGUCUUCCUGCGGGCCAUUACACCGCUCCACCCUGCCAACCAGGCAGAUAUAAUCUUUGACAUCACCGAGGGGAACCUGCGGGACUCCUUCGACAUCAUCAAGCGCUACAUGGACGGCAUGACUGUGGGUGUCGUGCGCCAAGUGCGCCCCAUCGUGGGCCCGUUUCACGCCGUCCUGAAGCUGGAGAUGAACUACGUGGUCGGGGGUGUGGUCUCCCACCGGAACGUGGUCAACGUCCACAUCUUCGUUUCUGAGUACUGGUUCUGAGGGGCUGUCUGCGGUGCGGCCAAGGGCAUGCCUCCAGGCCGACUCACUGCCACCACCAAGUCUGUUCUGCACCUCCAAGAACUGUCUUAGUGUUAUGUAUCGGUUUGUAGCGUUAGGCCACUUGUAUUAAGCUGAGCCAGAUGACCAAGCCCAUCUGAUGUAUUUUGAUGUUUAAAUAAAUAAUAAGUUCAGUUGCUCAACUGGU